AGUUCUCUCCGAGACUUGAUCGCGAGUGGUUCGUUCGGCGAGCGGGGGAACCUACGAUCGUUUACGUGCCGAGCCCGGUUGCGGCGUGCUUUUUUCACGUUGUCGCAGUGUGUCAAAUUGCGCAGUUUUCGCACACAACAGUGUAAGGUGCACAUUCGGGUUCGUCGCUGGUGUUGGCGAACGGGCGCGUUGAAGUCUCUCUUCGCUGCGAGAGGGCUAGUGUUUGUGUGGCGCACGUUGCUAAUUGAACAAGUGUUUACGGUUGUGUUUCUUUCUUUCUUUUCCGCUAGUGUUGUUCUAACACUUGUGCGCAGUUUGAUUGGAAUUUGUGAGUGUGAUUGUUAUUUCUAUCGUCGCAAGUGCUGUUUGAUUGUUGCUUUUAAUACGCUGUUCGAUCUUGUUCGAUCGAUUGAUGUUUCAAGUGCCGACAUUUUUUAAGGAAAAAAAAAAGAAUCUGACAAGUGUUUGUGAGUCACUGUUCUAGGAAGUGUUUCUCGAGUUGAAACUGUUCGAACGAGAAGUUGACGUGAAUUUUUCAGAUAUUACGCAACACACGCUAAAAAUAGUGCGGAUCAAACCGGUCAUACGAAGAAAUCAACAAAAAUUAAGCCGGCGAAAGGUUGAUCGUUUCGAUCGUCAAAAGAGUCAAAAAGUGAGCAAAGAUAACGAAAAUAAAUAUCCCAACCGCAAAGGCCAGACAGUGCGAAGCCUUUUAGGAGAGAAGCAAAAAUAAAGUAAAAAGUUAAAGAAGAAAAAAAUCUUACAUAAAUAAUAACGACCGAUUCGGGCUGCAGCUCUUGUGUGACAUACGUGUGCACUCAAAGAAAAAAAAAAAGUGGUGAAAAUUUUGGCGAAUCUGUCAAAGUCAGCGUGUUUGUGUGUGUGCAGUUUUGAUUUAUCGUGCAGUCGUUUCGGAUAAGUCGGAAAAACGACAAGAAAUUGACGGAAAAAGGCUGGACUAACUGAAAACGAGUGAGGUUACUGGUGGAAAAUUGACCACUUUCCCUGGAAAAAGAUUGACCAGUUUUCAUCACCUGGGGAGAUUCCUGAGCUGCAAAAAAAAUAAGAGCGACGAUGGUCACCCGGACAACACGGCAACUGAAUUAAGCACAGUAAUUCAGCUUUGAUGAAGAGGUUGUCCGCCAGCAAAAGUGAAUCGAAACCAUCAAUCUGAGAGAGCGCCGAGUUCUUCCGAGGAGCACACAUUUCGUCCACGGUCAGGGUAAAGUGCCACCCGAGGCCACCAGGUAGGCCAUGUGCGAACUCGGCCACCUAAGCUGAACACCACCCCCCUGAAACCAUGACGAUCAGCGAAUAGCAUCGAACGAACGAACGAACGAAUCACGUGCGAUCGCAAUCAAACAAUUACGGAAACGUUUGCCAGCAGAGCUGACCGGCUGAGAAGUGCCGACCAACUUCUCUCUUUUUUCCAACUUUUUCAAGGAUCAACGGGGGAAAUUAAACCCCGAGCGAAGGAAAAAUGCUGAAGAACAUUCACGAGCGAACGGUUAAAAAGGUCAAGGGCAACCACUACGUGGCGACACACGGCGGCCGCGACACGGUUGACCUACCGUACGCCCAGGCCAACCGCGGCUACUCGACCGACGGCGAGGACAGCCAGCGCGCGCCCUCGGAUCGCACCGUCUCGGAGUACACGGUGGCCAACGAGCGGGCCACCCCACCGACGGCUCCAUCGCGCAAAUCCCGCGGCGGCGUUCACAACGGCAACGGCGGCGGACCGCGGCCACUUUCUAGUCCACCGACGCGGGCUCCCCCGAGGGCACCAUCGGCACUGAGCUAUGACCACGGCGGUGGCACCGGUGGAGGUGGCGGCGGAGGAGGAGGUGCUGGCGAGACUGGCAGCGACAUCUACGUGACCUCGGCGGCGUACAAGGCUCCGUCGGAGAUAAGUCGAUACAGUGCCCACCGGAACAACCCGCAACACCACCAUCACCACCCGUCGUCGCGUGGCCCUCGCAGCGUGUACAGUGUGGCCAGCACGGCCAAAACGGGACGCAGCUCGCGACGACACGGCGCCAAGGUCGAGGCCAUGUCGGCGCCCAACCCGUUCUGUCCGAACGUCAAGGGCGUCUGCUGUCUGAUGUUGCUCCUCAAUCUGGGCCUGAUCCUAGUCACGCUGGGCUUCGUGAUCGUGAUGCAGUUCAUGGAGCCGCUGUUCGUUUGGAUUUUGGGCGUGGUCUUCCUCGUGUUUGGCUUUGCCACGUUGAUUGGCAGCAUGAUCUACUGUGUGAUCGUGUGCCGGGACGCGAAGACGCCGGAACAGCUGCGCAACGAGGACCUCUACUGGACGAAGCACUGGCAGAAGAGCAUCGGCUACACGCCCCACGAGAUCGACUACAAGACGGAUCGGUUCGACGAGCGGGAUCGCUACUCGGAUCGCUUUUCGGUCAGCAAGAUGAGCGGGAAGUACUCGGAUCGGGACAUUACCCGGUAUUGAUCGAGCGGCAACAGCACAACCAGUAAGCAGCUGAUGAAACGAUUGUUACUAAUAAGAUUUAAUUUAAAACGAUUUCCGUAAGUUAGUGCGCGUUCUAAUUUUAAAUAAAUCACACAAACGAGUU